AUGUCGCAUCGUCCCACCGAAGGUCUAUUACUCUCCCCUGAUCAAGAAGAACUCCUCAUGGCGGCGCUCAAUUCCAAUCAAUCUCCCGCUCGGCGAUCGGGGUCAGCCACCCGAAAAUCAAACCUUCACAAUCCCGAAUCCACGCCGGCUAUGUCAAGUGCACCCGGCUCGGGCAAUUUUGAUUUUAGUGAUGACAGCCCGUUCCUCGACUUCGACCCUGAUGUUGAUCUUGGCGACGAUACUUUUGACUACGAUGAGGACAGCCGCAUGAUCGGCGACAUCCCUGGCGAACUACACGAGAAGCGGAAGUCCGUUGAGGGAAAAGAAGAAGACUAUGAAGGAGGAGGGAAGCGACGAGAAGGCGAAGAUAAGACAGCAAAGAAGCCAGGCAGGAAGCCGUUGACUUCCGAACCCACUUCUAAACGCAAGGCUCAGAAUCGUGCCGCACAGCGGGCAUUCCGUGAGCGCAAGGAAAAACAUCUUCGAGAUCUUGAAACGAAGGUGGAAGACUUGGAGAAGGCCUCGGAGUCAGCCACUCAUGAAAAUGGUCUUCUAAGAGCGCAGGUCGAGCGCCUGCAAGUCGAACUGAAAGAGUACAGAAAGCGACUCUCCUGGAUCAGUAGCAACGGCCUGAAAGGACCACAGCCGACUCUUCCCCAGCAGCCACGAAACUCGGCUGUCAACAACCACAGUGACUUCCAAUUUGAAUUUCCCAAGUUUGGUGAUCUGCAACCCAUGUCCGCGACAACCCCGAUCAGCACCUCCGCCUCACAGACACAACCGGGCGCCAAUGUGAACAGGGCAGCAAGCCUUCCAGGUGCCAAAUCCGCUGCUGCAACUCCAAACGGUCCCGCCCGCAGUUCUACCUCUAGCUCGCAAAACCAGCCUGCUCGACUCGGGUCCUUGAGUCAGUCGCCAGUGACUAACACGUUGUCGACAUCUCCUCAGCCUCAAAGUCAGCCGAAGAGCCAACAGGGGAGCGUGGAUAGUUUGUCUGCGUUGUUCAGUCCUUCUAUCCUGGAGGCCAGUCGGCACGCAUCAUUGGGCGGAUAUUUUCCGCCAGGCACUCAGAACGCCCCUGUCCCAAUCAGUGCGGGCAAUCUCGACAAGGGUGCUCACAGCCAGGCGCCCGCUGCUUACUCGAACUCUAGCUUCUCGAAUUCCGACUCUCCAAGUUCGUCGACAGAGUCACAUAAUGCUAUUUCAUCAAUCGGCACAUCCCCUGAGCCAAGCCUGAACUCUCCAGCUAAUAAGCACCUCGACUACAGCCUCAAUCCUAUCAGCGAGGAAAGCCAGCUUCCCUUUGGCGGUAAGGACUACCUUUGCAAACAAAUUGGGCAGGCCUGUGGCUGCGCGGAGGACCCAAUACCUCCGAUUCUGAACAUAUCUAACGUCAAAUCGUUAGACUAUGCUGCCGACCCAGGCUUUGACGUCAACGGAAUCAACUGGUUGGCGCAACAAAACAACGGCAAUUUUGAUCCGAUUCUGUUUGGAGAUUAUCGCGAAACCCAAGACAAUGUCUUGUCGCAGGACUUCGGCUCAUUCUUUAAUGAUGCAUACCCUCUUCCGGACUUGGGCAGUCCAUUGCACAACUACAAUGAUCUCUCGGUUGAUCAAGUGCCCAAGCAUGAUCUGAUGCAACAGGUCGAGAACAGCAUGAAUGGCACGGAUGAGGUCGUGCCCAAUAACGACCAACCCAUGACUUGCAAUAAGAUUUGGGAUCGUCUCCAAUCGAUGGAGAAAUUCCGGAAUGGCGAGAUUGACAUCGACAACCUGUGUAGCGAGUUGCGUGCGAAGGCGAAGUGUUCUGAGGGCGGCGCCGUGGUCGACAAGAAAGAUGUUGACUCAAUCCUGGGGGUUGCAGUGUGA